AUGCAGGCGACCCAUGCGCCAGAUUCCCAGCGGGAGUUUGACGCAAUAGAAAAGGCCAUCGAGGAGGAUGCUGUACGGGAGCAUGUCUCCGUGAAUGCCCUGACCAAAGUCCCUGAUGCGCCUCGCUUUUCGUCGUCCGAAGAGCUGUUGGAGGAGAUCCACCGCCUGCGCAAGGACUUGGAGGUGGCCAGGCCUAAGAAUACACCGAGUGGACGAGUGAUCCAUAUAGUGUACUCGCUGCCCUUCUCCAUGACACCUGUCGAGGAAGUUCUGUACCAAGAGCGCCAGUACAUCAAUGGUAAUGCUCAUCAUCCGGGGUCCUCGUCCCGCACUAAUAUGGAUGAGUCACCCGCGGGAGAGCCUAGCGGAGAGACAGGUGUGGACUCGGUGACCAACCUGUUCUCGCAUCCUCACUUUUCGCUCAACGACGAAGAAGUCGAUGUGAAACUGCGCGAACUCUAUCGCCGCACGGAGACCAUCGAAGGCCAUCGGCCGUGGAUGGUCGAUGACGCGCCAGGUACGACGCAGAAAAAGCGGGCACCUUCAGGGACGGCAUACCAUACCUCAACACCCUCACGCACGGCACGUCCGCCGUGGAUUCUGUCCCUGCACCGUGGCCAUGCCGCGCUGAACAGCGGCGUCUACAGUCUCACGCAGGUGUGCGAGCAGACCUAUAUCGGUGUGCCGCCCCACAUUACAUUUGCGCAGCAGUCGAAAAACGAUACGCGUACGUUUAUCGAUGAGACCACACCGGAAGAACGGAUCGAGAUUGAGCAGGUCCUCUCCUCCCUCCAAGACCGAUCGACAUGGACACAGCACAAGUCAGGCCUGGCUAUGCGGCCGUCGGCGCUGGAGGCCAAGGAGACCAAGAAACGCCUCGGUAUCAAGUACGUGCCUGUAUGGCUUGAUCAUAAGCUGGCAUUUGCGCACUACGAUGCUUACUGCAAGACCACACUCUGGCCGCUCUUCCACUACCUCAUGUGGCGCGACGACGAGGACCGCAGUACAUGGGAUAUGUACAGCUGGGGCGCGUACGUACGUGUGAACCAAAUGUACGCCGAUCGCGCUGUGGCUGAGCACAAGACGGGCGACAUUGUAUGGGUCCAUGACUACCACCUGCUGCUGGUGCCGCUCAUGAUCCGCCGCGCCUUGCCGGAGGCGCAUAUCGGUCUGUUCGUGCACACAGCGUUCCCCAGUAGCGAGCUUUUCCGAUGCCUGCCGCAGCGCCGUGAUAUCCUGGAUGGCAUGCUGGGCGCUGAUCUAAUCUGCUUCCAGAACCAGCCCUAUGCCAGCCACUUUUUGUCGUGCUGUGUGCGUAUUUUGGGCCUCGAAGUGCAAGGUGGCUUUGUUGAGUCUUUAUCGGGCCGCGUCACACAAGUGUCGCACAAUACAGUGGGCAUCGAUGUGGCCCGCAUCGAAUACGAUGCCUUGCGUCCUGGCGUUGGGCCACGUAUUGACCAACUGCGCAACCUUUACCAGGACAAGCGCAUCAUUAUUGCCUGCGAUAAGCUGGACGUGGUCCGUGGUGUCGUCCAGAAACUGCAGGCAUUCUACGAAUUGCUGCUCAACUACCCGCAGUGGCGCGGCCGUGUCGUGCUCAUCCAAAUCACUUUGCCUACGAUCAACAGCUCGCCGAAGUUGGAGAGGCAGGUAUCGGAACUUGUCAGCAAGAUCAAUGGCCACUUUGGCUCACUUAGCUUCACGCCUGUCCAACAUUACCAUCAAGUGAUCGAACGAGAUGAGUACUUUGCUUUGCUGUCUGUGGCCGAUAUGGCGCUUGUCACGUCGGUGCGGGAUGGUAUGAAUACCAUGUCUAUGGAGUUUGUGGCGUGCCAAAACCAAUACUCCAAGAGCCCCUUGGUCCUCAGUGAAUUUACAGGCACCGCAGGUCAUUUGCAGGGCUCCGUCUUGAUCAAUCCGUGGGACAUUGGCGGUGUCGCAGCUGCGAUUCAUCAUGCUUUGUGCAUGGAUGAGAAGGAAAAAGUGGAGCGCCACGAUCGCUGCUAUGAUCAAGUGGUGACACAGACAUCGCAGAUCUGGGCGCUGGGCCUGAUUCAGCGCAUGCUGCUUCGUUUGCGCAAUCGCCAUUCGGCGCACAAGACGCCGAUCCUCGAUAUGUCGACGCUGAUUCAUCACUAUCGUCAUGCUCAGAAGCGUCUCAUCUUCCUCGACUACGACGGAACUCUCACGUCAAUCGUCAAGGACCCGGAGGCGGCGCUGCCGUCGCAGCGCCUGCUCGAGGCUCUCAACUUCCUUACCUCAGACCCCCGCAACAUUGUGUACAUCAUCUCUGGGCGAGAUCAGCGCUUCCUCUCGAAACAUUUCGGCAGUAUGCAUGCUAUUGGCUUGUCGGCAGAGCACGGCAGCUUCUUCAAAGAGCAUGGCGAAGAACAUCAUUGGCACGAUCUUUCCGUGGAGCUCGACAUGUCGUGGAAGGAAGAUGUUUUGAACGUGUUCCGCUACUUUACCGACCGCACGAUCGGUAGCAACAUUGAGCAGAAGAAGACUAGCAUUGUGUGGCAUUACCGCAAUGCCGAUCCAGAUUAUGGUUCGUUCCAGGCAAAAGAAUGUCAGGCGCUUCUUGAUAACAUUCUUAUCCAGAACGAAAUGCAAGUCGAAGUGGUCAUCGGCAAGAAAAACGUGGAAGUACGCCCGAAGGCUAUUAACAAGGGUGAAACCGUGCAUCGCAUCUUGUAUGCGAACCCAGACACAGAGUUUGUGUUUUGCGCUGGCGACGACAAGACAGACGAAGACAUGUUCCGCUUCUUGACCGGAUUGAGAUAUGUCGUGCAUGAACAGGCCGAUGGUACAAUGGAGCCCACAGGUGCUGAAGAGGUGACUGUUUCGCCUCCCACUCCCUUCAAUCCUGAUGCUGUGCAAGAACUUGAACAGAAGAACUUGCACCUCCGCCGCGAGCAGAUCUUCGCUACGACAGUCGGCUCGAACUCAAAGCGGACUCGUGCCAACUGGCACGUGCCUGACGUGAAGGAUAUUAUUGAUGCUUUGGCAGCUAUGGCUGAGGCGGACGGCGGCACAAUUUCGUCAUAA